AACGGGGAACCCAGCAUCGAUAGGCCUGUGGCGCCUCAGUGACGUUUUCUGGAUUUAGUAGUUUACGAUGUCCUCCAGUCAGGCAGGUACCUCACAUCGUUGUUAAUGUAGGAGCACAGUUGCUUGUUCUGAUGUGACUCGGCAGCGGCAUCUGCACUGCAUAGGGAAGUAGUGCUGCCGCUGAAUCUGGUCGUUAUAUUGGCAGAACGAUAAGCCCGCUUGUUUUGUCUACAGGAAUCUUCUCCUGUAUUGUGUAAUCUGUAAGUUUCUUAAAUCAGAUCCGUUGUCCCCCCUUCUGUAAGAACACGUUAAACUUAGAAUAGGGGAGAUGAAUGGUGUUAUCUGAAGAAAUCCUGAAAUUUGCUCGAGCACUUCAUGUAGAAUGCUGUUUUGCAUGUAACGUGACCCCAUUCUCCUAAGUUUUUGGUCUGAUUUAAUUCACGAUAGCGUCAUGUUUUCUUUGUCCUUUGGUUUUUUUUUUUUCUUACCCUGAUUCACUCAGUAAUUUAUGUGGGUCAGGUACUGCUGCUGUGUUUUCAUUUUUUCCUCUUUGACAGUGUAGACAGUAAUACUUAGCAAUGCCCUAGGUAUUUAUUUGCUUAUAGUGGAAUCCAAGUUGAAAAGCACCAUUGUAUACUAGUAAAAAGAAUGACUAAUUCCCUGCAAGCCUCUGCAUUUUACUUAGGUUAAAAUAUUUUUGAAUAUGAUUUUGGAUAAAAAUCUUUUCCCCACUAAAAAGUUCCUUCAUUAUUGAGAACCUCGAACUUGACUUAAAGCGAAGACAAGAGGCUUUGAAGUUUACACUUGCUCUGACAUAUUAGAUCCCAUGUUGAAUGGAUAUUUAUCAUGCAGUGCUUUUUUUGUUGUUUCAAACUAGAAUAAGUCGCUUUAGAAAGUAAUGUUUGUGUAGAAGAAAAAAUAAAUAUUUGUUUUUAAGUCUUUUAGAUAAAUGCUGUGCUGCUUUUUACUUUCAGAGUAUGAAGCAGAACAGCCUACCUUUCCAGGUGUUUAUGAAUCAAAGCAAGAAUCUGUGUCUUUGGAUGCGGGACUAUUGCAGCCAUUAUGUACGGAACAAUUCUACACAGCCUCUGCAGCUAACACUGUUGGCCAGCGCUCGUUUUCCAUAUGCGAGGCAACAACUUCUUCAGAACCAUCUGAUCCAAAAACAUGUUCUCCUCGAGAAUACUUAGAGUAUUACAUAUUUCCAGUACUUUUACCUGGAAUGGCUGAACUUCUACAUCAAGCAAAGAAGGAGAAGUGUUUUGAGAGAAAAAGGACCAAAUUUAUUGCCUGUGAUUUCCUAACUGAAUGGUUAUACAACCAGAACCCAAAGAGGAAAGAUGAACCAUUCACAGAAUUCUUUUCCAUUCCUUUUGUUAGCGACUGGCUAAAGGACCAUCCUAGGCCACCAAUUCCUCUGUCUUUCCUUCUGUCUGAAGAAGAAGCAAGCAAAGUAAUUCAGUCGUUCUGGAGAGGUUAUCGGGCCCGCUGUGAUCCCGAAGUACAAGAGCUACGUCAGUGGCAAAGGCAGUUGAGAGAGGACAAAAAUAUUAUUAAAAGUUUGAAAGAGUUCUGGAUUAAGCAGGAAGCCAAAGUGGGAAGCAAAUUAGAAGAUUCAGAAGAACCUACACCAACUCAUUGAAGAUCUCAAUUUUAGUUCUCUCACCACCACCAUAAAACACAGAGGUCAUGGAACGAACUCUGUGUGGUACUAAUUUAGAAACAUUCUUAGCAUUGCAGUUUUACUUUGACAUGUGAGGUGUUGCGAAUUAAAAGUGAGAUUACAUAAGGACCUGGCCUGCCAAGACAAAUUCUGUCCUAAUGUAAGUGAGCACAAUUCUGUUAAAACAGACGGGAUUGUCUGCAUGUGGCCAAAAAUUUCACAUCCAUGUUCAUCUGGUGUUCUUGAGUGUUUAGAUUUAAGUUUCUGAUGGACACAAAGCUCCAGAUGAAAUAAAUGGGGUUGCACCCACAUGCAGGCUAAGUGUUGAAACUAAGGCCAAAAUCUUCAGUUGGUAUAAAUCGGAGUAGCUUCACCCACUUCUGCGGAGCCGUGAUAAUUUGCACCCCUUCCAGCUCUGUUCACAAUGGUCUGAUUUUCAAAAUAGCUGUGCCUUUGCAAUUCCCACUGACGGCAAUGAAAGCUAUGGUUGCAAUGCAUUUCUGCGGGGGAAAAAAGUCAAAGGGCCUUUUGUUGUCACUUAAUGCAUGUGCCAAGAAAGCAUAAAAUUAAGAUUCCCAGGAUAGCAAUUUCUACAAUCUCGCAUAGGUGUCCUUACUUAUGUAAGGUGCGAGCAAAAUAAAAAACAGAUUUGGUCCUCUGAUUAAGGACCCCUCAUUAUUCUCUAAUUCUGUCUUACAAGGCAUAGCCCUAUUUAGGUGUUUUGAAUUUCCCAGUUAGAGAUGCAUAGAAUUAUUAGUAGAACUGCAAAUAAGUCCAACAGAGGUCUAGUUGAUGCGAAUAAAGCAUGGUAAAACAUGGUUACCAUCUCACUCUUGCUGUCAUUCAACGUGCAUUUCUUCCAUGACUUAUACAGACCUUGUCCUUGUUGUUAUACUGGUCCCUACCCCUUGGUUGUUCUGGUACAGCAGUUUGCGAUGCUGGCUGUUGAACCAGAUCAGGAAAAUUAAACCAUAUGAAAACAGUGUCUCAUAAAACAUCAGGGUUGCCGGGGUCCUGCGUUCCUCAACCCCGGCUGCAUGGUCCUAUCCCCUUCCUUCCACCAGCACUAGCCAUUGUCUGCCCAGUUACUGAGUCAGUCUGGGAAACUGCUGCAACAACUGAAAAAAAAAAAAACCAAAACCAUUUACUUAUAGUGUUAAGAGUUUGGCUGCUCAGCUCCUGGACUGGCUCAGCACGGGUCUGAUAAGUGCCAGAGCCGGUGGCAAGAAGUGUGGGAGGGCCACAGGUGGAGGGACGUGGCCCUAGCCUAAGGGAGGCAGUUUUCUUUAGCUCCACUUAGUUGAACUGGCAGAAUUGCACUCACGGUGUCACCGUGGGAUAAUGAUGUCUGUACCAUCAACAAUUGUAUUAGGAGUGGAAAAAUUGUAUGUAGAUUUUAACACCCAGUUAACACAAACAUUGUAAGUAAAUAGUAAAGCCUUUAUUCUCGUUAAGAACAGCAUUUUGAAAAUAAAACAUUUGCCCAUGCUCUACAACCUUUGUAGUUUUGUAUACUUAUGUACAGCCAUCAUGGUACACAUUGAUUGUCUUGAAAAUCCUUCAAAGAUGUACUUAAUAAUAUACCAGUAUGCAACAAUCAGCGGGAAAAAAGGGUACGUUAUAAAACACACAUUAAUACAUUUAAUAAAUAUAUAUUAUCUAUCAAAAAUGAGCUUUAGCUCUCAUCAAUUAAUAAAAAGCACCUGCUUUGUAAUCCUGUAAGCUGGUAGAAUAAUAGUCCAAUUGUUUUAUUGUAAAAGCCACAAUGCUCCCUUUUGCACAGCCUUUGGUUAGACACAAGGCAUCAAGCUCAAACAAAGCCAACCAAGAUGCCCAUGUUUACACUAAAAACAGAAACAGCUAGUUCUAUAGUAUGUCAUGUACCUUGUUUAUAGAAACAACUGUAUGUAUUGAGAGUGCCGCUCUGCAAGACGCUACAUGUCUUCUGGCAAGUGCCAAAGACCCUGAGCUCUCCUGAAAACGGGACAGGGUCUGUAAAGUAUGGCUCUGAACUCUUUUUCUAGCCAUUGAGCAAAAGCCAGUUGUUAUAAAAUUUGUUUGGGUAAUAACAUUUUCAGAGGCUUUAGGAUUUAAUUUCUCUUAUAUGGAUACACCAUGAGCAAAUGACCACCAAGGGACAACAUAGUAGCUUUUAUAGUAUAAAAGCUAAUUAUAAUUAACUGUGAAAGGCUUGUGCUUACACUUACUUAUGUUGUUCACAGAUGCUCUACAUUCUAGAUAACUUUCAUAAAAGGCAAAAAGUAAACAAUUUGUUUACUGUAACAAAAAUAUGAGUUAACAUAAAAGUGCCUUUCUUCAAUUACAUUUUUAUUUGGGGCAUUUUACAUCACAGACUAGUGACUGACAAAAAAGUUGCCUAUUACUAAUUGUAUGAAGUUGUAAAAUAAAGACCCUCCUAAUCUAUUGCCACACCUUCACCACCACAAAUUAAGCCCAAUCCUGCUAGUUUUUAAUUCUGUGAAUAGUCCGUGUGACUACCCAAUGAGACG